CUAUGCCAGUGCCAGAACUGCCAACAUUAGAUACCCCGCGCUACGCAAAAUUCUAUGGCGAUUGUUGUAUUAAAAUCAUUUAUAAUUGUGUAAAAACAGUGAUGACCGACUUAAUAUACAAACGUUAUGAAAAAUCUUUAGGUCUUCUUACGACACGAUUCGUUUCAUUAUUACAAAAAGCCAAGGAUGGGGUUUUGGACUUGAAAAUCGCUACCGAUUUAUUGGCUGUAAGACAAAAGCGACGGAUAUAUGAUAUAACGAACGUAUUAGAAGGUAUUGGAUUGAUAGAAAAACGAAGCAAAAACAGCAUACAAUGGAAGGGAGCAGGUCCAGAUGGAAAUGCUUCGGACAUUGGAGAGAAAGUUAUGCGGCUGCGGAGACAGAUUGGACGGCUAGAGGAACAUGAAGAAUUGCUUGACAAACAAAUCCAUUGGAUAGAGCAGAGUAUUAAAAAUGUAUUAGAGGAUAUUGACAAUGAGCCCCUUGUUUAUGUAAAAAAGAAUGACAUUGAGCAGUGCUACGAAGAGAGCCAGGUGCUUGUUCUGGAGGCUCCCAUUGGCGCCAGCUUGGCUGUGGCAACUGCACCAGGCAAGGGCAGAGAGCAGCAAUUCUUUCUACACGUCAAAUCCGUCGAUCCAGUUGGCGUGAUUCUGUUAUGUGACUCAGAUAAAGAAAAGGAAAUUGAAGAUGUAACCAUGCAGGACAGUGAGGUUCAAGACAUAACAGACAACUUUGUUCAUUCCCUUGAUAGUGAUGAUUAUUUACUGCGAUUGAGUCCUCCGGUGACCAAGCAAGACUUUUCGUUCUCCUUGCGGGAUUCCGAGGGUUUAUGUGAUCUCUUUGAUAUUCCUUGUUAAUUUAGAAACCGAUCUCUACAGACUUUUUAUGUAAUAUUUUCAAAGACAUUUUAUAUUUUGUUCUCUACUUUGUGAUCAUGUUGAAAUUGACGUAUGUAAAUAGUUAGUUAUGUAAAUAAAAAUCAAGUUCUUUUUUGACAGUUAUUUUAGGGUUAAAAAUAAAUUAGGUCAAGCUUA